AGAAGAAAAACGAAACAAAACGCAGUACAAGAUGGCUGCGUUUGGGUGUUGUGGCUACUAAUUUGUGUAAGAUAUUCUAUAGUAAUCAAUGGUUAAUUCGUAGUGAAUCGUUAAUUUCUAUAAGUUGUCUAUUAGUAUAAUUGAACUUGUGUAUAACGCGUACGUGUGAAAACAAGUCGCGUUUGGAGGAACAAUGCGAGCACAUCAUUGAAACAUUUAUCACGGUUCAGGGGGUGGAUGAUAGGAAUUUACUGAAAAUCCAAGAUAGAAGCCACUUGAAACACUGGAGAAAGACGGUGGAGCUUCGGAGGAGGAGGAGAUGUCUGCCGGCACCCAGGGCGAGAUUCGGGUUGGCCCUUCGCACCAGAUAAGGCAGAGUUCAUCAUUGAAGCACCAGGAAUUGGUUUCUUGUCAGGCUCGUUUGCCUGAGUAUCGGCCGGGUAUACCUCCUGGAGAGCUGCUUCCUGAUCCAGAGUUUUCUAAAGAACGAGAAGAGCUAAGAUGGAUUCCAGCUAUGGCAUUAGACGGGGAUCUUCUGAUGUACUUAAGGGCAGCUCGAUCUAUGGCUGCAUUUGCUGGUAUGUGUGAUGGAGGAUCCCCGGAUGACGGUUGUGUGGCUGCUUCACGUGACGACACGACUAUCAAUGCUCUGGAUAUCUUGCACGAUUCUGGCUAUGAUCCAGGAAGAGCAUUGCAAGCUUUGGUUAAAUGUCCCGUACCUAAAGGCAUCGAUAAAAAAUGGUCCGAGGAGGAAACUAAACGUUUCGUUAAAGGACUUAGACAAUUUGGAAAAAAUUUUUCAAGGAUCAGAAAAGAUCUCUUACCUCAUAAAGAUACGCCGGAAUUGGUUGAAUUCUACUAUUUGUGGAAGAAAACACCAGGAGCGAAUAAUAAUCGACCUCAUCGAAGAAGACGACAAGGUUCACUUAGAAGAAUUCGUAAUACACGUAAUUCGCGCGCUGGUACUCCCAAAGAAGAAGUUCCAACUCCGCCCAAAGAUACUCCACCAGCUAGUGUCAAUCAGAAAGAGCCUGUUUCAGAGCCGGAAACUGUACCUGUUGGAACACCUGCGAGCAAUAAUCCUGGUGGAGAAAUUAGUUCUGUGACAGAGGACGAUAAUUCGGAAGAGGAUAGUGAUUCUAGAGAUACAAACACUAACGGAGCAAUACAUUCUUGUCAACAUUGUUUCUCAACUAAUUCAAAGGAAUAUCAAAUAGCUGGUAAGGAUAGGUUAUUGCUCUGUACGGAAUGCAGGACACAUUUGAAAAAGACUGGAGAAUUACCGCCUGCACCUCCGUAUCUGUUCCGCCCUGUGCCUGCGGAAUCACCAGAUAGCCCAGGGAGAAUGCGUACAAGAAAUAAGGCUAAGGAAACGCCUAGACCUGCAAGACCACGACGUACAGGUGGAACGGAUACUCCUGAUCAAGAAAAACAACAACAACAACAACAAACACCAGACAAGAAUAAGAAAAAAUCUAAUAAAUCAGAAACACCAAAAAAGGGUCAAAAACGACCACAGACGGAUGACGUGGAUGAAGACAAAGAGUCUCAGAAACGGAAACGUCCUGGUGAACGUCCUGAGAGUCCCUCAGAGUCUCUCACAACUGAUAGUAACUCUCUCAUGGAUGAGCCUGAGAGAGAAGGAGAAGGUGAUACAAAUGAAAAUCAACCUACUCCGGUUACAGUGCCAACUGAGGAGCCUGUUAGUCCGGCAGUGACUACACCGGAAGAACCUUCCGAACCAACGCCAGUUUCUACUCCCGUACCAACGCCUAUACAGACUUUACCAAUUUCUGUUCCUGUUAUUCAUACUUUAGAAAAAAAACCGUUAUUAGAAGAACCAGUAGAAACGAAAGAGCAAAUAGAAGAUGUUCCUUUAGCUAUGAAUCAGCCACUAAAAUUGGAACCUAUGCCAAUAGAACCAGCCAUGUCUCCAUCUAAUGAAGAUAUGAAAGAACCCGAACAAUUGAAUUUAACUACAUCACAGUCAUUGAAUAUAAACGAUAUGAAUCAAAAUAUGCCACGUAAUUUGUCACAAUCAAUUCAAAAUAGUGGUAUUUGUACCUCGACUGGUCCACAAAGUAUACAGAACUCACAGAUUAUGUCUCCGACGCACCAAGGACUGCCACUCAAUAUGCAGUACACAUCCAAUGUUCCUCCUGUUCAAAAUGUACCGCAAAACUUAUCACAAAGUAUGCAAAUGCCGUCGAAUAUACCACAAAAUAUGUCAAAUGCGCAAAAUAUGGGACCAACACAAAAUCUUCGAACACAUGGUGAAAAUUUAUCAAAUACGCAAAAUAUGCCUCAAAGCAUACCGGGACCACCAUUAAAUCUCAAUAUAUCACAAAGUAUACCAACGAAUAUGACUCAAAUGCCUCAAAUGCCAAGUUCACCGCAACCACUUGGUUUAACCGUAAUGUCUUCGGAAAAUAGGAUGUCCGAAAGAAUUUCUGAUGAUAGACUAUCUUCGGAACGAAUUAGAGAUAGUAGAAUAUCUGAAAGAAUAUCCGAAAGAAUACCAGAGAGAUCAGAAAAUAAUGAACCUGAGAGAAACGAAUCGAAUAAUUUAUUUCAACCUAUUCAGCCAAGUGGAAUGUUAUCAAUGGAAAAACCAUCUUCAAUGUAUAAUUUAGCUGGUACACCACCAAUGGAACCACAAAAUUUGAAAAUCAAACAAGAGAUCAUUCCUCCUGAACCAGAUCCACUUCAAAGUUUGAAAGAAGUUAAAGUUCCUGGUUUUCAAUCUGGAUUUCCAGGCCCAAGUUUAGAUAAUAUUAAAAAAGAUCCAGAUAGUUCUAGUAAACCGCCAACACCUAGCAAGCACUCCAUAUCUAGCAAUCAAUCUGUACCUCAAAUACAAUCUGUAGCAGCAUCUCCAACUCCAACUCUUCCACCACCACCUACAUCUAUACCUCAGCCUGUAAUGCAUCCAGCUCAACAACCAAGCCCUCAUAUGGCUCAUCCAUUUCACCCACAUCAUCCCUUAAUGCAUCAUUCGUUAUUUACUGCCAUGCAUCCAUAUCAUCCUCACGCUUAUCCAGGUUAUGCUCCAGUUGGAGCUUAUCCUUCAUUCCCGCCCUAUCCAUACGGUCCAGUUCCGCAUGCAAUUCCACCUCCGUCCCCACAAAGAAGUCAAGAAAGUACAACAAUGAUGACGGCACAUCAUUCAAGUACGAGUUCUAGUGUAACGACGAGAGAAGAAGGAGAAAAUCUUAUAGCCACGCAUCAUCACUCUUCUACUAUGCAUCAAGCUACAGCAUUGCAUCAUGACAAAUUAUUGACUAUUUCUUCUCAUAGUUCUCAUAGUCACUCUUCAUCGCAUAGUUCGCAUAAUACUCAACGCAAGCCGUCACUAGUUUCAGCUACAUGUCUGACAUCUAGUAGUUCGGCUCAUCAUCAUCAUAGACCGCCGCAAUCUCAACCUCCAGUUGUACCAGAACCAAAAAUAGAACCUGAUUUAGUAGAACAGGAACAAGAAGAGCCACCAAGUCCUCGAGGUCCAUCUCCAGAACCUCGAAUCGAGGAUUCAGAAUGUCACAGAUCACAAUCUGCAAUUUUUCUACGACAUUGGAAUCGAGGCGAAAAUAAUUCUUGUACUAGAACUGAUUUAAUGUUCAAACCUGUUCCGGAUUCGAAAUUAGCAAGAAAACGAGAGGAAAGAUCAAGAAAGCAAGCAGAAAGAGAAAGGGAAGAACGUGAUAGAGCUGCAGCGCAACAAGCUAGAAAAAUGACUACACCAGAAAAACAACCAGAAACAUGUAAACCGCCUAGUCGAGGACCUCUUGAGCCUGUCGUAUCUCCUUAUGAUAGAUACGCCGCAAGACCAGGAUCCUACGCGGAUACACCUGCUUUGAGACAAUUAUCCGAGUAUGCUCGACCACAUGCUGCAUUUUCCCCUGCUAGACAUCCUGCGCCACCAGAUCCAAUGUUACAUUACAUGUACAGUCCUGCGGCUCGUGAACGCUUGGAAUUGGAACAUUUGGAACGUGAAAAAAGAGAACGAGAAAUCAGAGAAUUACGCGAACGAGAAUUAAACGAUCGACUAAAAGAGGAACUCUUGAAAGGAACACCUAGACCAAUGCCAGCUCCAGUGGAUCCACAUUGGCUAGAGAUACAUCGACGUUAUGCGGCCGCAGGACUUGCACCUGGACCUUCAGGUCCUCCUCAAGCUUUACAUCAAUUCGGUCUUUACGGUGCACCACCGGGACCAAGUCAAUUGGAAAGAGAACGUUUAGAAAGAUUAGGGAUACCGACUGCAGCCGGCGGGGGGCCAGCGGGUGCAGGGGCUGGCCAUCCCGUGGCGGCUCAUCACCACGGCCAGCUGGACGAGCGACUGGCUCUAGCUGCUGACCCGAUGGUCCGGUUGCAGAUGGCUGGCAUUUCGCCCGAGUAUCAUGCUCAUACUCACGCGCAUACGCAUGCGCAUACGCACUUACACUUACAUCCGGGACAGCAGCAGGCCCAGCAACAGGCUCAGCAACAGCAGGAAGCGGCUGCGGCUGCAGCUGGAUUCCCCCUGCCUGCGGCAGCUGGUGCAAAUUAUCCUCGACCAGGCUUAAUGCCCCGUGACCCAGCACUGGCUCUUCAUCCCGCGGAACUUCUUGCAAGACCGUACGCGGAUAUGGCAGCGCAUCACGAGCAAUUACAACGUCAUCUCAUGAUGGAACGCGAUCGAUUCCCUCCUCAUGCUUCACUUGUUGCACACCACGAGGAAUAUCUAAGACAACAGCGUGAGCGCGAGCUUAAAGUUCGCGCACUGGAAGAAGCUGCACGUGGAUCACGUCCUUAAGUGUAAUUGUAUUUAUAUAUUUUAAUAAUUAUCCUUUAUAAUUAGGAAUGAGACAGUCCUCGUUAUAAAUAAUUAACGAGUUUCAUACGAUGAUCCUAAUGAAAGGAAUCGUGUUAAAAAAAAAAAAAAGAAAAAAGAAUAAAAAGGAAAAAAAAAAGAAAGGUGCAAAGAUAAAAAAAGGUAAACAAAAAAGAUCUGCUCAAGAUCAUUGACUUACAUUUAGGAUCAAAAAUUAUUUUUAUGGUUUUUCUUUAAUGUUAAGUAAUUAAUGAGAAUAAAAACAUAAAGAUUGUUACAAUGCGUAACUUUUUAGUGUAAAUAUGACACGAUUUAAAAUAUAGUGCUAGAUUGAUCUAGCACCACAUAGAGGAUUAAAGUUUAUAUAUAUAUAUAUAGUGACUGCUUGACGUGUAAAUUUGUUUGAAAUCUCUAUAUAUAUAUUAUAUAUAUUAUUAAAUCCAAGAUAUUAUUAUCAUAUGCUCAAACGAGAUUCGUUUCCGUUUGAUUUCAUUUUUGACAGCGGUGAUAAUGCCAAAGUGUUCAGAAAAAAAAGUGGUUCACCGUAUUCCUCCUUUUUUUCUUCGCCCUUCCAUGCUUAUGCACAGGAAAGUAAAUUGUUCUUUGUUUGUUUUUCAUAUAUACACAUACUCGAUUAUAUACUGACGAAUACAAAUCGUGUCUUCGAGUCGGAUAAUAAUUUUAUAAUCUUUAGAAUAGCUUCCCGAAAAUGUUUAACUGUCUGUGUUUCAUGAAUGAUUCAUGAACAAUUUUCACAGACUUUCCGUGUUUUAGCGUAUCAUAAGAUAUAACUUAAGUUUUAAAUAAUUAUUGUAAUUUCUGUGUCAGAAAUUUGUAUAUUUUCUGUGUCACAAUUUGUAUAUUUUCUAUAUGUAUCCUUUUAAGAUUUUACUCCGGAGACCACGAGCGUUUGAUACUAGUUCGAUCGAGCGGCUGAUUAAUAAUUAAAAACAAAAUAUAAAAAAAAUAUUAAAAAAAAACAAACUUUGUAACGAAGUGACCAAAGUUAAAAAAAAUUUAUAGAGAAACACAAUCGCAUAAUCUUCCAUGGUCGUGCGCUCCGUGGAGUUUACAGAAAUAUUCUGGGUGCAGGCACUGGAAAUUAAUGCGUGAAAAUUUUUCAGUGAAAAAGAAAAGUAAAUACUAAAAGAAAUGAUCUUUUAUUCUGACGACCAUUCGAACAUGUAAAUUUUCUGCUAUAUAUAUAUUAAUUCAGUGUAAUCUAGUUAUUUAACUAAAAUAUUUCAUAGGAACGUCCAGUUUUAUCAUAUUUUUUUUAAUCGUAAAGAUUGUUCGAAAUGAUUUUUAGAAUGAAAAAUGUUGUGCAAAUAUUGAAUGAUAAAUGUAUGUUUUUAUUUGCUUGCACUUAAAAAAUUGUAAUAUAUUUCUCCUAUGUCAUAAAAAUAUUGGUGAUGAAAUUAUACAUUUCUGUUGAUAAUAACAUAAUCUCAAGCAGACGUUUCCUUUUUUUCUUUUUUCAUUAAUCUUAUCAAAAAAAUAAGAAAAGAAUAUGUUAAAUGAGAAUUUUAUGUAAUCAAAAAGAUUGAAUCAUUGUAUAAUUUCUUAUUACCAGUUUGCCUGUCACUGGAUUCCCUGAACAGAAAUAAAUGCCUGUCUUAUAAAAGACUA